ACAAACUUGGCGACACGUCUCGAGCGCAAUAGUCAGCGCACGAGCUACUUGCGACUGAGAGCUUUGCGGCACGUGUGCUGUGCCAUGGGAGCCUGGGUGCGCCACAGCAGGUUCGCCAUCAUCUCGUCGAAGCACUGCGGCGCCAGCGCCGGAGAGGUGCUGCUGCACUCCCACUCCUCCUCCAGCUGCUCGCUCGCAGGCGGCGCUCGAGAGCGCUUCCAGAUGCGCGACUUGCUCGCCUUGAGGGCCGGCGCCGCUCUCACCGCGGAGAGGUGUGCGGCGAGCAUGCCGCCUGCGUGCUGUGCUUGCGCAUCGAGCGUACGGGUGCCGUCGGGAUGUCCGAGAGGUGCACGCUUCUGCGGCCCCGCGGCACGGGAUUUGCUCGACUCGGACUGCGACCGUGUCACUGCGGCGAGAGACCCAGUAGAAAGGGGUCUCGGGGACGACGCAUCGGCCGACGGCCGGCGGCUGGCACAAACUUUGGACGGCGAAGGCGACGAAGCGCCGGACCGGGUUGCGCGAGGCUUGUACGCCGACGACACGAGCAGAAGGUCGGAGGCAGCGGACUUGGUGUCGACGCGCUGCUUGUACUGCUGCAGCGCCGAGGCGAGGUCGAGCCCGGCUGGGCGGACAUACUCCUGCAGGCCGGCGCUGAAGCUGAAGGACAGCCGGACAGGCGAGGCGAGGCUCUCGAGCGUCUGCUCGAGCCACACGUUGGCGUCGUUGGGCGCGUGGAUGGCAGCUGCGGGCAUGCUUGCAGGCUGCGGUGAAGGAGGAGUUGUGGUAGAUGGCGGUCGGUCUGACUCUCCAUCCUUAGCUAUGAGCGCCAAUACAUAGCACCCGACUGUCGCGAGCUCUGAGCCCUGCUGGCAGCUGCCUGUGCAU